CAUAUUUAAUUUCGAAGUUUCAAACUUCAGAAUUUAUGAACAAAUUUGUAAAUUUUUCAAGAUCAAAAACACUAUGAAAACACCUCAAAAAGCUGCAUAGAAAGCUUAAAGCGUCAAAGAUGAUGAAGUAAGGUACAUUAUUGUGAAAGCCUUGUUAUAUCGUCUAUAUUUUAACAUAAAGGUUUAUCAUUAAAAAGUCAAAAUAUAUAAAAUGGCAGACGAUUCACUCUAUGGUUCGCUACAAGUCCGACCAAGCGGCUGGGAUUAUUUUGAACUGGAUGACAUCCUUGCUUGUCAAGAAAAGAUACCAUGUACAUUUGAAACACAAGUUAAGGAUCUUGGAUUUCUUGACCACGGGUCGGACAGUGAACACAUUGAACCAGCCACAAAAAUGGAGUUACCAUUUUGGCUAGCCAAGGAGCUCUGUGCAAGGCAAAGAAAGAUUAUCUCUGUAGAGUUACCAAAAGUUUAUCGUGAGGCAUACAGACAGAUCCUCGAGGCUGAUGCUACGGCAGUUGAUCUCAACAAACUUGGCCCAUAUUUUUAUUCUGUUGGGGGCAAGCUACUUGAGUUUGGCAAUGCAGAAAAUCCAAGGAUUGCCGAGACUCUAAUGAUGGUAUGUAUGAAAUUUAGGGUACCACUACCUCGUUAAGUAGAAAUCAUCCUAACAUCACAGACUUGUUUGAUUCCCGCCUCAAUGCAGAUCAGUUGAUGUCUGUUAUCAGGGUCUGAAAUCCAGUAUCCUACUUCUGGAUACUGGUUACCAUAAAUUUAUCCCUGAACCAUCAAAGUAAAUAUAUGUACAUGUCUGUCAUUGUUAUAAAUUACAAUAACAACAACAGACUCGAUAGUCAACAACUAGACCACCGAGGAAAUUAUUUUCAAGAAGACAGACUCGUAGUAUUCAAAGCUAUUGAGUCCAGCAGAGACAUUUAGCGUGAUCCUAAUGUUUGAAAUUUUGUGAUAUUCAAAACCAAAUUUUAGUAUCCUGUGGUUAUAUAUCUGCUUGUAUCACAGUGUUCUGACUUUCACAUGACAGCAGACAAUGUUUCUACCAGUAUGAUUCUUAGAUUUAUAAAUUAUAAUAAUUUCAGACAUACAUGAAGCGAAUGAGAAGACUUAUGGAUCUAUCUUUGAACAAAUUGGAUGGCAGUAAAGAAUCGCAGACAUUGCUUCCGAAACUUGAUCAUGAUGAACACAAUGUUUUUGCGUUCUCUCAAGAAGGUUUGAGGGAGUUUGAACAAUGGAAACAAGGUGUGAUAUCAAAAUUAACCUCUUCGAAAACUGUCAUUAAUCAAAGAAAAAGAAAGCGCACAGAAGACAACUGAUUUUAGAAGAGUAAUUUAACAAUUGUUGUAGAUAUUUGCUCAGUCUUCCCAGAAAUGUAGUUUGUGGCCAAUAGGUAACAAUUUCUAUGCAGAUAAACUACACUACAAAUAAAAAGCAAGGCUGAUCAAAUGAACAGCUCACAAGUAUAUUAAAUCCUUUGUCAAAAAGGUGUAUACUUUUGAUAUAUAAUUAUGUACAGUGUAGACUGACUUGUGGUAAUGUACAUAAGUGGACAACUUGGGAGGGGCUAUAGCCCCAAGUACAAUUGACUGGGCUGAGCCCCUCUCCCAAAAGAAAAUAUCACAAUGGAGAACUUAAUGUCAGUUUCUUUGAUGCCUGAAAUGCAAAAUGUAUAAAAUGACCUGGUUUCUACAUGUCAUAAGGAAAUUCCAGAUUUCAAAAUCGUCUGUGGAACAUGGCCCUGGACCGCCCCAGAGUUUGUUUAGACCUCUGAACCAAACCAACCUUCAGCUGCCUAUGGUCAUGUAGUUACCAUAAGUAAACUAUGUUCUUUGUAGGAUUGAACAGCCUUGAUACACAGGACAACUUUUAAUGAUAUUAAACUCGCGAUUGCAAAUUGUUACAGAACUGAGAACCAAUUAAAAUUUGUGCAACCUCAUUUGCAUUACAAGUUGUCCCGUCUAACAUUGCCUUAAUAAUUUAUAUCUAAUGUAUUUUAAACUUGUAAAUUACAUACAAAUAUUACACUAGUCUAAAGUAUAAACUUUACUUUAAAAUAUUAAUAGUCCAUCAAAUAAAAUUUGCA